CUAUCCCCUCGUUCCCACCCAAAAAGAAUACCCUCGACACCAUCGUGUGAAUAAUAUUACCCAAAAUACAAAAAUCAAACUCUUUCUCUCUCUAAAAGAAAAAAAAAUCCCUCUCUUCUCUCUCUAAAAUCCAACAAUAAGAACCACUCAUCUCUGUUUCUCUCUCUAAAACACAAACUACAAUCUUCGCCGUCGCCGUUAAUGGAGUCUCUGGACCAAGCCGCUUGUUUUAUGGACGAUUUACUCGACUUUGCUUCCGAUAUAGGCGAAGAAGACGAUGACGAAGAACACAAACCCAGAAAAUCCGUUACUUCUAUUAACCCUAAUAAUGUCUUCGGCGUUUUCAACCCACUUGACGAUUCUACCCAUCCUUUACCUGAAUUUGAAGAAGAAGAGCUUGAAUGGUUAUCAAACAAAGAUAUAUUUCCGUCAGUAGAAACAUUCGUCGACAUUCUCUCGGAAAACCCCGGAAGCUUACCGAAGUCUCACAGUCCGGUUUCCGUGCUUGAAAACAGCACCACUAGCAGCAACAGCGGCGGCAGUGGACAUAGCGGGACGAACGACGGUCUUAUCAUGAGUUAUUGCCGGAGCCUCCACGUGCCGGUUAAAAAGAGGAGUAACUACCAGAGAAGACGCCGCGAUGACCUUGGAGUUCAUCUGUGUUGGUGGAGCGAGGAGAAUUUGAAGAGAGCGAAAAUUGCAAGAAGUACGACUCUCGGAAGAAAAUGUCAGCAUUGCGGUGCUGAGAAAACCCCGCAAUGGCGCGCAGGGCCGCUCGGGCCUAAAACGCUAUGUAAUGCGUGUGGUGUGAGGUUUAAGUCGGGAAGGUUGGUGCCGGAGUAUCGGCCGGCUAGUAGUCCGACAUUCUCCAAUGUAUUGCAUUCAAAUUCUCAUCGGAAAGUUUUGGAAAUGAGGAAGGAGAAGCAGACGAUGGGAAUUACGGUUGCGAGACCGAUGGAGAAAGGGUAGGGGAUUAGUCUUUUUUUAUAUAAAGAGGGUUUGUUUUAAAUUGUGUCCCUUUUUUUAAUUUUAUUUUUUAUAUUUUUUGCUAGCAUAGUUAGGAAGUAGGUGUUUGAUGUAAUGGAAUAGGAAGUUUUACUGGUUAUUGAUGAUGAUGUUCUAUGGUUUUGAUUAGGGGAAUUUUGACUUGUUAGUGUGUAUUUGCUGGUGUCUCUAGACUAGAAUCAAAUCGAAAAAGUAAGGUAGUGUUCUUGA